AUGUUAAUUAAAGAAGUCUAAAAAUUUUGUGAAUAGAGGAAAAUUAUAUUGGAUGUGAAAAAGAUGGUGACUGAAUUUUCAUUGAAAUAGGGCUUAAUUAGAAAUAAAAGUAAUGUUAUAAUAAGUAAAAAUCAACUUAGAUGAUAAUUAACAUUGGUUUGGAAUUAAAUUUAAUAAAUAUGUUGAAAUGAAUGAAGAAUUAAAAGCUAAAACAGAAAGAUAAGAAAACUUUUUAUAAGAGUAAAAAUAAAAAUAUAAUCUUCAUUUAGAAUUUAAUUAAUAAUAGAACAUGGAUAUCGACCAGACAAAGAAGCAAAAGAUUUAAAACGAAGAAAUAAGGGGUAAAACAAAUCGUAAAAAUAAACUAAAAAUCUAACUUAAUAAACAAAAGAAGCAGAAUUAGAAUUAAUGGUAUGUCUUAACUUACCUAGUUAUUAUGGUUAUAAUUUAACAACUUUAUUUCUCCAAUACAUAAAGACUUUGGAGAAUUACCAAGCUAUAAUCCAAAAAAAUCAUAACCUUUUAGAGUUGGUAUCCCUUAUACUGAGAAAAUUGAAAUUAAAGGCAAUACAAUAAAUUUAACUCCUUAAACUCCAAUUGAUAAGAUUAUAAUUUCUGAUAAUUAUUAAUUACAUGAUAUCAUAGGAUUGGAGUAAAGUGAUAAUUAAAUAUUGAUAAAUGAUAAAGUAUUAAUAAGCGUGUGUUAAUCUAAUUAAAUAGCCAUGGAAUAACAAUUUAUUUAACUUGAAUAAAUUAGAAAAUAAUUGAAAUAAAACUCAAAAUAUUUAAUAACUCCAAAUUUAGGAUUGAGAUAUUAUGAAGCCUCAAAAGUUGAAUUAAUUGGAGAAGAUAAAGAUGGUGAAUUAAAAAGAAUUGCUAGUAGUUCAAAUUUGAUUGAUCAUGUGUAUACAAGGUAUCAAAAUAAGAAUUAAUAAUUUCUUAUUGUGACUGAGUUAGAAUGAUAUUAUAUAAAAAGUUAUUAAUAAUAUAAGUUAAUUAAGAAAAAAAAUGAUGAUGGAAAUGUAUGUGUAUUGGACAGCAAAAUGCGAGUUCAUUUUUGAAAGGUAAAAUUUUUAUAAUUUCUUCAAAAAGCUGGAGAAUUUAUGAUGAUUAACCAUUUUUGUUAUUUUGUGGUUGCUUCUUAUCUUGCCUUUAUUCAAUUAUUCAUAUCAUGUAUAUGCUUUAAGGUGAUAAAGUAUAAAACUUUAUGAAACAAUAUAUGUAUAAGCAAUUCUUUAUCUUAUUAGGUCAAGAAGAGUUGGAUUUUCUAUUUAUUAAUUCUUUCUAACUUUAUCAAGUAUGAUUACAAUGAUGUUAUUAAUGACAAUGAAUGGAUGGGUUAAUAUAUCAGUAGGGAUUGGAUACACAAUAGGAUAUGGAAUUACAUAGAUAACUAAACCAAAUUCAAAAUAUACUCAAGUUGAUACGAUAUGACG